AUGGCCUGCCCCAACUGGCUGGUGAUGUGGGAGGCGCAGUUCGGGGACUUCACCAACACGGCGCAGUGCAUCAUCGACCAGUUCCUGGCGUCGGGCGAGAGCAAGUGGACGCGACAGUGCGGCCUCGUCGUGCUCUGCCCGCACGGCCUCGAAGGCAUGGGGCCCGAACACUCGAGCGCGCACGUGGAGCGCUUCCUGCAGCUGACGGCGGACGACCCCGACGCGCUGCCCGACUUGCUCGAUCCGGCCACGCCCCUGCGCCAGCUGCGCGACACCAACUGGGUGGUGGCCAACUGCUCCACGCCGGCCAACCUCUUCCACGUGCUGCGCCGCCAGCUGGCGUUGCCCUUCCGCAAGCCCCUCGUCCUCUUCACGCCCAAGGGCGGCCUCAUGCGCUCGCCUGACCUCGUCUCGCCCUUCGCGCACUUUCUCUACGGUACCCCGCACCCCACCCCCUUACACACACGCACAAACUCACAUAUACACACAUUGCCCUUCCCCAAGCCCUUAUCGUAUUCACGCCCAAGGGCGUUCUCAUGCGCUCGCCCAACCUCGUCCCAGAUGGUGCAUUGGACGAAAGGUCGAGUGAUAUUCUCCCCUGAUGUUGCAUUGGACGAAAGUGUGGCUGAUGUUCCCCCUGAUUUUGCAUUGGACGAAAGGGAACGGAGUUCCUGCGCGUCAUCCCUGAGGAAGGCCCGGCGAGAAGGUGCCCUGAGAAAGUUCGUCGACACAUUAUGUGCUCGGGAAAAAUCUACUACGAAUUUUUGGAUGGACUUGAAUAUGAACCCGUUGAUUCUCCGGCUGACGGGCCUGUGGUACGGCCCGCAUAAGAAGUGGGCGCUUUGGCAAAACGUCCUGUACGGCCUUUGGACUCUGUGGAUGCUUUCGAUGCUCUUUGGUUUGAUGGUGAUGGGAGCUUCUGCUGCCUAUGUGUAUCGCGAUGAUUUGGUCGCCAUAGCGUCUAACACGUGCCUCUUUGUGCAAGACAUCGGAGCUUUUAUCAAGGCGCUGGUGUUCGUGUCGCGUCGCGGCGCCCUGCUGCGCGUGCUGCGCCGCCUCGACGCCCUCGCCUUCGACCCCGUGGUGGUGCGCGGCGGCGCCGCCAACCGCGCCACCAUCGCCCGAGCCGCGCGCAAGGCCACGAUGGUGACGACCGUCUUCCUGACCAUGGGCUUCGUCACAUACGUCGCCUGG